AUGUCUGCUACACAAAUUAUUGAAUUGGGCCCAAUGAUGGGAUCCUCUGCUAUUCAACAACUGUCUUCUUUGAAUCAAAAUCUUUCGCAAAGAAGACAGAAUAAUUCGUCUCUUCUGCAAACUGAGAAUGUUAUGUAUUCACUGGAAUCCGAUCCAGAUGCUUUCCCAGACGGAGGAAUUGAUGCAUACCAAGUGCUUUUGGGAUCCUUCUGUGGCCUUAUUGUAGACUUUGGAAUACCCAAUGCUAUGGGCGCAAUUCAGACGUACGUUUCGACCCAUCAACUAAGCCAAUACAAACUGAGCACAGUAAAUUGGGUCUUCUCGCUCCAUUUAGCCAUCAUGUACCUCGGAGGAGUUGUUUUUGGAGGCUUUUUUGAUAAGUUUGGUGCCAAAAGACUCCUUAUUGCAGCUACAGUAUGUAUCUUCCUGGGCCUCAUGGCAACUGCAGAGCUGGAAGAGCUAUGGCAGUUUUUGCUUUCUUUCAGUAUUCUCACUGCUUUUGGAUCAUCUUUGGCAAUGUCUCCAUUGAUGGGUGUGUUGUCACACUGGUUUUUGAAAAAGCGUGGAAUGGCAUUAUCUAUGGCUUCGGCGGGCAGUCUUGUUGGAUCGACUAUUUUUGCCCUUGCUCUUCCCAAAUUAUAUUUACAGUUAGGUUUCAAGUGGGCAUUGCGGAUUCUUGCAUUUAUCUGCUUGACCAGUAUGGCGAUUUCAAUUUUACUAAUCAAAGAGCGCCCGGGCUUUAACCCAAAUGCGAAAGCCGAAAGGGAUGAGGAGGAAAUUCAAAUCCAGAGUGAUAAUUUUCGUGCUGAGAACCACAAAAAUGCCGAGAAUAUUCUAUCGGUGGAGGUUUCGGAGGAAGACACUGCAGCCGAGAAAAAGAAGUCCUUCUUUGACUUCGUAAACUUCAAAUUAUUCUUGGACACAAAGUUCGUGGUUAUUUGUCUUGCCACAUUUGCCAACGAGGUGAACUCGUUAACUGUUUUAACCUACCUCGCCUCGUUUGCCUUGUCCUUUGGAGUACCAGAAAAGAAAGCAUACUUAUUGCUUACAGUGAUCAACUUGAGCGGCAUCCCCUCGAGAGUUGUCACCGGAUUUCUAGCUGACCGUUAUGGCCGUUUCAACGUAAUGCUAGCUGGCAAUGUACUACAGACUAUUUGCAUAUGGGCGAUUCUCCUUCCCGCCAACAGUCUGCUCCCGCUACUUUACACCUUUACGGUUAUGUACGGCUGCAUGAAUGCGUCACUCAUUAGUCUCAUCGCAUCCUGUUUAGGUCAGAUCUGUCCCGCAACUCAAUUCGGGAAGUAUUAUGGUAUGCUCUACUUUCUGCUAGCAUUCUUAGUGAUUCUCGGGAUGUACAUCGGGUCCCUUGUGAUCAAUGCUGGAACAAAACAUGAUUACUACAACUGGAUUAUAUUCGAAGGGGUUCUCUCCACAGCCGGUCUGCUUCUUUGGUUAUGGGCCCGCUGGUGCGUCGUUGGAUUUCGUUGGUGCAAGUUUUAA